GGGCGAGGUGACGUCUCCAGUGUUCCUUCCUCCGUGAACUCCAGGCCCGGGACCGGUGGAGGUUCUUGGGCCUGGGAGCAGGGACGAUUGCUAGGCGGAGAGGGCUCGAUGAAGAAAGAUCUAAGAAAGGACCAGGACUGGCUGGAGAUAGAUCCCUGAAAGGAACCUGUCCCACUACUGCAACCAAACCAGAUGCCUUCUUUCACUUCACCAGACCAAGGAGAUGACCUGGAGGCCUGUGUUUUAAGAUUUUCAGACCUAGAUUUAAAAGACACAAGGCUUAUCAAUCCCAGUAGCGGACUCAAAGCAGAGUUAGAUGUCAGUACAAAGAAGAAAUACUCGUUUGCCAAGAAAAAGGCAUUUGCCCUUUUCGUCAAAACCAAAGAAGUUCCAGCACGUCCUUUUGAAUGUAAAGAAAAAUGGUGGAAAUGCUGUCAACAGCUCUUCAGAGACCGGAUCAGCAUCCACAGACAUGUGGCAAUACAACAUGCUGAUGAGAUUUGCCACCAGACUGCUUCUGUGUUAAAGCAGCUGGCUGUGACACCGAACACCUCAAAGAGCCUUAAGUCUGAAGACAGUAGGAACCCUCUAAAAGAGUACUUUACCUAUAAUCGUGAAGUGUCUGCUUGGCUCCCUGAUAUAAGCUGCUUUAGCCCUGAUGAGCUGAUAAGCAGCCAGGGCAGUGAUGGAGGAGAGGUGCUACUUUAUUACUGCUACCGUGACCUGGAGGACCCCCACUGGGUGUGUGCCUGGCAGACAGCUCUGUGUCAACACCUGUCCCUCACGGGCAAGGUUCGAAUUGCUACAGAAGGAAUCAAUGGGACAGUUGGUGGAAGCAAACUGGCCACCAGACUCUAUGUGGAAGUCAUGCUUUCCUGCCCAUUGUUUAAGGAUUAUAUGUGUGAGGAUGAUUUUAAGACCAGCAAAGGAGGGGCUUGCUGUUUUCCAGAAUUGCGUGUUGGUGUAUUUGAAGAAAUUGUGCCCAUGGGGAUCAGCCCCAAUAAGAUCUCCUACAAGAAGCCUGGGAUCCAUUUAUCCCCAGGUGAAUUUCAUAAAGAAGUAGAAGAAUUUUUGUCUCAGGCAAAUGAAGAACAAAAUGAUACUAUCCUACUGGAUUGCAGAAACUUCUAUGAAAGCAAAAUAGGACGAUUCCAGGGCUGCUUAGCCCCAGACAUCAGGAAAUUCAGUUACUUCCCUAGCUACAUUGACAAAAAUCUAGAACUUUUCAGAGAGAAGAAGGUACUGAUGUACUGCACUGGGGGCAUCCGUUGUGAGCGGGGUUCAGCCUACCUCAAAGCCAAGGGAGUGUGCAAGGAAGUGUUCCAGCUCAAGGGUGGCAUCCACAAGUACCUGGAGGAGUUUCCCAAUGGUUUCUACAAAGGGAAGUUGUUUGUUUUUGAUGAGCGUUAUGCCUUAUCCUACAACAGUGAUAUAGUGUCAGAAUGUUCAUACUGUGGAGCCCCAUGGGACCAGUACAAACUCUGCUCCACUCCCCAGUGCCGCCAGCUCAUCUUGGCCUGCCCUGCUUGCCAACGACAAGGAUUCACAGCCUGUUGUGUCACAUGUCAAGACAAAGGGAGGAGGCUGGCUUUGAGUCCCACCCAGAGCAGCUUUAAAGAGGAAUGUGAGUGUACAGCCCGACGGCCACGCAUACCCAGCGAACUGCCGCAGCAGGUGCGCCUCCCUGUGAGCCCCAGGCCAAGGCCGGGUGUUGGUGAGCACAGGCCAUGCUCACGUGAGCGGCAGCAGCAGGAUUUCCCUAGGCCUUCACAAAGCUAGUUCACAGUGACCACACAUUGGAGAGUGUCAGAGCUGCAGCAACAGAAACUUGAACUUGAGUGCUGGCCAUGCCAGCAUCGUAAACUGGGUACGAUAUUGGCCACCUGAACUUCAGAGGGGCCGGGAAGAGGGAGUUGGGUGCUGACCACUUACCUGAGAUAUUUGACUCAGAAGAUGCCAGAGCACAGAAAAAGGUGAGCUGUGUAGGAUCCCAACGCUGCUGGGGGAGAGAGCCUUGAGCCUGGUGACCAGGUCAUGCCCUCUCUGUGCCAUGCAGCAGGCUGGUAGUAGUCAUUUGUCUUGUCAGCAGACCUGGUGAUCCUGGUGGCAAAAGCAUGAAAGCUAUAGCCCUGGAGGGUGACUCCUCAGAAGCAGGCCUCUCCUGCUACCUACCAUCACCUACAUCCACUCCUGCCCUCAUCUCUGGCAGCCUGAGAAACUCAGUCAGGAUCUGCAGACCAUGGCAUGUGAUUCGCCUUCUGCUUUUGUAAAUAAAGUUUUAUUGGAAUAGCC